UCCAAAAUUCUACAAAAGUCCACUAUUUAAUGAAGAUGAACAACAACAACAAAUAUUAACAACAACAACAAAUGCCUUAGAUAGCAUUCCAAAUAGUGAAUUACACUCUCCAAAUAAUGAUGAACAACGAUAUUUACUUCCAUCAACUUCACAAAUAUUUGAAGAAGAGGGAAAAUCGAGAAAAGAGGAAUUGACCCAAAUGAGUCAAUUAAAUUUUGAAAGAUUUGUUGAUAAUCUUCAAAAGGCAAUAAUAGCUGAUGCAAUUUUUGAUCUUUACAUUCUUUGGAGUCGAGAUAAACAAAGUAUUUUACAUUCCAAUAUUGCGGCAACAGCACCUUCACUUCCAUCCCCAUCAACAUCAACUAUUUCUUCGCCAAAACCAAUAAAAUCACCUCCUCGUGCUUUAAGAGCUGCUUCAAUUGCUGUCACUCAACCACCGCCUAAACCCCAAAAAGGAAUACUUAGAAGAGCGGCAUCUUCGUUUAGAAAGAAGCGUUCCAAACCCCCAGAAGAACAACAACAAAAUUUAGAAUACAUGACAACAACACCAGCAACAACGUCAAAUAUAGAGAUGAAUAGAAGUAGCAGUAGAUCUAGAUCGGAUACUCUGGAUAAUAUUCCAACAACUUCAAAUAGCCUUCCAACAAGUCCAAGAUUAGAUGAAUCUAACAAUAGAGAAUCUGCAAGUAGAGAACCUAGUAGAGAACCUAUUAAUUUUUGGAGUGAGCCGAGAAGUGUUGUUUUACAGAGGCAUCCAAAUGAAACGUUUGGUAAUACUUUUAGAAUAAUUCUCAUGAGAUAA